AUGACUCUGAACGUCGACCGACUGAUGCAGAGGCAUCCAAUCUUGGUUGCAGGCGUAGAUUCUACCGACUCUGGCCGUCCAAGAUGGGUGCUGAACAACAACAACAACCCUCCUUUCCUUUUUGGACCUCAUCCCAUCAUCAAAGAUGAAAUUCACACAGUGCAAGACGUCGCGGAAGUCGCCAAAGCAGAGGAUGCUGGGGCUCAGGCGUUCAAUCUGGUCCAGGGGCCUCUCUGGCGCGUCGCAGUCUACAAACUGGAUCGAGAGCUUUUCAACACCUACUACGUCGCCUUGACCGUCCACCAUGUUGUCACUGAUAGUAUGGGAGCACUCAAUCUAUUCAAAGAAGUAUUGCGGCAGCCCCCUAGCUUCCCCGCCACGAGGGCCGAGCCACCAAUUCCGAAUCGAUCACUCCCACCCAAAGCAGAGAAGACUCUGACGUUACACCCCUCACUUUCUAUGGCCAUCAAGAGAGGAACUCGGUGGGCUCUUAAUCACCCAUUAACAUGGAGAGUGACCAAUGGCAUCGGCGCCCAAAUCAAAUGGCCCCCACCAAGUCGAAUGAAGACGCCCCCAGGAGAGUCCGACAUCAGGUACAUCUCUCUUGACCUUAGAAGAGACCACGAAAGAGUGGCCGAGAGAUUGGAAGCUCUGGGAGAUGGGGUUGGCAGUGUCCAUUCGAUACUACACACUGCUGCUGUCAUCGCCUUGGCGGCAGCCGCCCAUGAUGAUGUUUUCGACACUCUCAGUACAGAAACGCCCAAGUCGCUUCGCUCAGACCGCUUCGGACAUCCACGAAUUGGAGGAAACUAUACAGGUCUGAUCGAGAAGUUCAUCCCGAGAUCCAAACUGCGUGCGCACACUGUAGCCAGUUUCACCAAGAAGUUCAACGACUAUCUUCACUCGUCACGCGCAGAGUACGACGCCAGAAGUAACAUCGGAGAAUUUCGGUUGGUGCCUGACCGCUUCGUACCUGAUCUGUGGAGAUCCUACCUCGCAGAGACUGCAAAAAGUGGUGAUCCAUAUCGUCACUCCCUCUCGAUUUCCAACCUUGGCCGAUUUGACCCUGAGGAUAUGUUUAGGCUAGAAAACGUCUGGUACGGUCAUUCUAGCGCACCAUGGAGUGCUGCUAUCAACAUGAAUGUGGUCAGUCUCAGCCCACCGCAAGCUCUGGACGUCAGCGGUAGAAGGGACUUCUCAAGGUUGACGGUUAUGAUCUCGUGGAAUACCGGCAUCAUUGAAAGUGACAUUAUCGAUCGCUUUUGUCCAAUGUUGCAGGAGAUUAUCCAAAUGUUUGCCCAUGCUGGAGGUAUGACCCAUAUAGAGCGGACGAUGAUCCGCAGCCGAGAGCUCUGGAACAUGAUAUGUUGGGCUCGCCAAAAGCUGGCGCCGUUCGGCCCGCGUGUUUGA